AUGGUCGAGAUUAAACCUUUUGGCGCAUGGCCAUCCCCCAUCACAGCAGACUCAUUGUCCUCGGGAUCUCCUGCCUACGAUACAUGCGUGGAUAAUGGCUUUGUCUACUGGUGUUCUACUGUAGCUACCGAGCAAGGACGCGGACAAAUUUUCAAGCAAAACAUCAACGACAGCAACACACCUCCUCAAGCACUUUUGCCUGAAGGCUACAACUGCAUGACCCGCGUUCAUGAAUAUGGUAGAGGCUCCUUCAAAGUGUCUAAUGAUCUCGUCGUCUUCUCCAACAACAAGGACUCUCGCAUCUACAUUAUCAUCAAUGAUGAAAUCAAGCCAUUGACCGCAGCCGACACACUCUACCGUUAUGCAGAUUUUACCAUUGACACACAAAACCGCUUUUUGGUCUGUAUUCGUGAGGAGCAUUUUGUCAACGAAGAACCCAAGGAUGUGGUCAAUGUUCUCGUUUCAAUUGACUUGAAGACUGGUAAGGAAACUGUAAUCGCUCAGGGCAAGGAUUUCUACUCGUCUCCUCGUCUCUCUCCUUCCAACAACGAGCUCGCUUACGUGUGUUGGAGUCAUCCCAAUAUGCCUUGGGAUUUCACUGAACUCUAUUAUGCUAAAGUCGAGUUUAAGGACGAGCAAUUGACCGUAAAGGAUCUCACCUGUGUAGCUGGUGAUAAGAUUGAUGAAAGCAUCUCGCAACCCAACUUCGGCAUUGACGGCACUCUUUACUUUGCUUCAGACCGUUCCCUAUUCUGGAACUUGUAUUCAUUCGAUGGUAAGAAUGUCAGCUUGUUGUUGGAGAAGCCUUUGGAACAGGAAUUUGUGGGCCCUGCUUGGAGCUUCAACGCUUCCGACUACACGCCUCUCAAGUCAGAUGCCUCCAAACUGAUCGUGGUGAACAAGGAUUCUCUUGCUAUUCUUGACACCAAGUCAAAGACAAUGACUAACCUCAACUGCAAAUACGACCACUUUGCCUAUAUCCGUGUGUAUCUGAGCAAGGAUGGAAAGGAAUACGUGGUGGCUGAUAUGUCGUCCACUACUGAGCCUUCUGAAGUUUGCUCAUAUGAUAUCAACACACAAACAAUUGCUCACGUUCACAGAAAGUCAGAGGCCUCACGCUUGGAACCCGAGUAUUUAUCUGUUGGAAAAGAAGUCGUAUUCCCUACUACUGAUGGUAUAUCAGCUUACUGUUACUAUUACGCUCCAAAGAAUCCCAAUUACAAGGGCGAAGGACUUCCUCCUCUUCGUGUUCUCUCCCAUGGUGGCCCCACUGCAGCUACCAACAACAGCUACAGCCGGUCGAUUCAAUAUUGGACAACUCGUGGUUUCGCCAUUGCUGAUGUCAACUAUGGUGGCAGUACUGGAUACGGCCGUGAAUAUCGUAAUCGUUUGCGAUACAGUUGGGGUAUCGUAGAUGUCGAUGACUGUUGCAAUGCUGCUCUCUACUUGGCAGAUCAAGGAUUAGUCGACCGCAACAAGUUGACCAUCGAAGGCGGCAGUGCUGGUGGAUACACUACAUUGGCUUCCUUGGCUUUCCGCAAGGUGUUCAGUGCUGGUUGUUGUCGUUACGGCGUCUCAGAUAUGAGCUUAUUAGCCAAGGAAACACACAAAUUCGAAUCCAGAUAUACUGAUCGUCUCGUAGGUGAAUAUCCCAAGGAUAAGGCCAUUUACGAUGAACGUUCUCCUCUGUACAAGGCAGAUGCGAUUGAAUGUCCCGUCAUCUUCUUCCAAGGUUCUGAAGACAGGGUUGUUCCUCCUUCUCAGUCUGAGGUGAUGGUCAAUGCACUCAAGGAGAACAAGGUGCCUGUUGCUUACGUUUUAUAUCAAGGAGAGGCUCACGGUUUCAAGCGCGCUGAAAACAUCAAACGUACUGUAGAACUUGAGCAAUGGUUCUACGGUCGAAUCUUUGGAUUCCCUGUUGAAGGUGUUGAAGGUGUCGAGAUUUACAACUUUCCUAGUAAGAAAUAA